UUUAAUCUUAUUCACGAUGAAAAGAAAAUUUCCAAGGACGGACCCCGAUCGUUUUGAAGUUUUACGAGAUCAUUCCGCGGCGCAGCUGCAUCCUACGCAACGUAUAGACGCUUCGCAAUCUCCUACGUCCUCGGGCGAGCGGGAGGACCGAUGGAAUUUCAAAUGAGGAUGCGGUUGUGCGAAAUCGUCAGGAUGGAUUUUCGUCAGGACUCGGUGCAUAAUCGGUCCCCCGACAGAGAGAGGGAACAUUAAAAUCGCCGAAGAGGACCGAGAGGGAUAGAAAAAGAGAGAGAAAGAACUCACGAAAAAAAUAAGACCGCUAAAAGUCAGGGUCUUCUCUCGCGCGACCAACCGUCGCGGUUGCUUUGCGGUUACCUGGUGGACGCCCAACGGAGAGAAAAAAGGACUUUCCCUUUCACCUCCUCUCCUCGCAUUCUCUCCUUCUCUCCUCGUCCCUUAUCGUCCUUUCCUGAUCCCGCGGAAGAAAGCAUCCUCUCUAGCGCAGACAGUCGGAUUUAUAUUCAAAUGAAUCCGCGAUGGAAGAAGCCGGGAUUUAUCGACGCUUCAUCAAACCCCGUGGCACAUGGGAAAGAGGAAGAGCGGAGGGAGGGAUAGAUCAGGGAGAAGGAAAAUCAAAGGGUUAAGUUACGAGAGAGGAAGGAUGCGCCUAAGGGACAGUUCCUUUCUUCGCUCGCUUCAACAUCGCGAUCUCUCCAAGUCGAAGAUUAUGUAACGAGCCCCGACGUCUUCCUCGGAAUAUUCCCAAUUUCUUUUUUUAUAUGAUUACGUUUUCUAAUUAUGUACGCUCUAAAACUAACGGCACUCGGUCGAAACGAGCAGCGCGGUUUCGGUCGUUAGUAUUAAUAUUACAACUUUAAUUCGUAAGCAGCGGGCAUUUCCGCAAUAACGGGAGCGACGAUAAAUGUUCAGGCAACGGUGAUAAGGCGAUAAAAAUUUGCGAGCGAGGUUUUUCAAGAACGCAAUUAUCGACGCGACCGUGUCCUCCUCUCUCGCAUGCCUUUAUUUAGCUUUAGUCGAAACCGGUUGCAAGCGACUCCGCUUCUCUCUCUCUUUCUCUCUGGAAGAAGAAGACAGAGAUGAAAUCCAGGGAUUCGGCGCGUCGCAAUUUUUAGGGUUCCUCUAAGGCGCAGGAAGGAAUUUCGCACGGCCGGAAUGAAGCAGAGACGCUCGAAGAUUUCUUCCAGCUGGACAUCAUCGCCGACGUGACGUCGCACCCGGUGCUAAACAUUUCGUCUGCGUUUUACGGACAAGGAUUUUCAUACCGCUUUCGAAUCGGUCAAAGUCGAUCAGCUCGUCCAGAAUGAAAGUGCGCUGCAACACCACACGCUAGAUCGCGUGGGCAGCUUGCGUCAUUAAGGGUAGUAACUUACGGUACCGGAAUGACUUUGGCGGAGAAAGUGGCCGGGUGUGGCCAGACGGCGACACUCUGAAAGGAAUCGUUCUCCUCUUUACGGAGAUUCCGCACUUCUCUUCAAUUGGCUUCGAAUCCUCAAGUCUGCAACAGAAGACAAGAAGAAAUCGAUUCGAUCGCACGAUACGUCGUCCGGGAAGGAAUUUCUUUUCAGUAUCCGUUCCUGCUCCUCUCCAUCGCCACCGCCGCCGCCUCUGCAUCGUCAUCACCAUCUCCCCGACUUCUCUGUAACGGAUAGGCCUCACCUCCGGAACGGAACUGACUCCAGUCCGCUUUCGGUUUGGCCAUCGCGAAUGCCUGCGCCGAGCUCAGUAGGAGCGCAGCGUUCACGACGUGCGCUUCGCUCGAAAACGCUUCGGUCGGUUAUCGUCGCCGGUCAUCCUCGAACUCGUCAAUCCCGACGUUCAAGUUUCCGACAGAGACCAACAGAGGAAUUCGUCCAUCAUCCUGGUCUUACGAAAGAUCUAGAAGCAAAAAGAAACAUCACGGAAGGAUAAUUGGAUAACGAAUCCAGGACGGAGCGCACCGGGUCGGAAGGAAUGAGUCCAAAUAACUCGGUGGAUCCACGAGAGAAAAGCUCAAUGCUGAAGAAGAGCCUGCGCAGCCGGUGAACCCUGACAGAACCUCAUAACUGCGAGGAUGCGCACACGCAGAAAACGAUGCGUGAUAUCAUCCCGAUGACGACGAUAUCAGGAUUAUUCGACGUACACGCACGCACGUACGAAUCCACGCAAGAGAUCAGAGGCGAUCGCCGAUGAGGCUGGGCUCGAUCAUCCUGUCGUGGGCCACGGCCACGAUCAGCUGGCCGGGUCUGUCAAACGGCGGAAGCGUGACAGCAGCGCGAGCCCCGCGUUCUCGGGACUACGAGCUCUCGACGGAGUUCUUCCUGGUGCCGUCCGAGAUCGGCCAGCAUGGCCUGGCGAGCGUGGCUAGCGUCAUCAGCGUGCCGGCGCCCAACCGGACGGUCACCGUCUUUAGGUCGCCGCCACCGGGGGUCAGGAAGGGCCAGGAGGUGGAGAUGCGACCGACCCCGAAGUCCCUGCUGAAACAACGACCCUGGGCUCUGCCGCUCGCCGCCCUCAGCGCCGCGGCGAUGCUCCUCAUGGCUAGCUUCGAGGUCUUCGUGUUGUUCAAGGCCAGAACGACGGCGCCGAAUAGACGACAUUUAUUUCUGGGCCAGGCGCUACUUCUGGGCCUCUUUCUCCUGGCGGGUCUUUCCGCUGCAGCUUCCCUCAGCCAAAACCCGCUAUCCUGCGCCGCUUUCCGGUUAGUAGGUCUGCCUGCCGCCCUCGUGUUCGCCGCCCUGCUGGUUAAAUGCGUAUUCCUGCUUUCAUUGAACAGCGGUGUCUAUCUGCCGGCGCCUUAUCAGGCGCUGGUGCUGGUGUUCGCAGUGUUGGUGCAGGUGGCCAUUGUCGGGCAAUGGUUUUACGGCGAACCACCUGCGGUGAUCCAGGUGCAGCAGCAGCAAGCUGCCGGCCAAAGCUCGUCGGCGUCCACCUCCUGCAAGACUCCGCUCGGACAGAUAGUGGCUUCCCUCGGGUACCCCGGAGCGCUGCUGGUGGCGGUGACUUGUCUGGCAAUCCGAGCGCGCGGUGUCCGGGACAACAACCGGGAGGCGGCCUUCAUCGGUCUGGCGGUCGGCCUCUCGCUGCCGAUUUGGGUCUCCAGCGGGAUCGGUUCGCUCGCUGCCGGCAGCGAGGACGACCGAGAGGCCUGGCUGGCCUACGGUCUCUUGGCCACGUCGCUCUUCGUCUUCCUCACCAUGUUCCUGCCCAAGGGUCGUCAGCUGGCCGCCCUGGGUCGCGAGGGUCCCGCAGCUGUCAUUCGCGAUCGCGACGACGCCCUUAGUUCCCUUCCCGGCAGCGGCUACUCGCCCUCCUUCUUUCACUUCAAACCUGCGGAGGCGUCUCUGAAGAGGAAGCUUCAUUAUCAUAGUGCGGAUCGAGUCGCACUGGUCUCGUCCGGGAUACCCGGAUGCAGCGCCUGCAGGCACGGAGGAAGUCCUAUAUACUCGGACGAUGUGCAUGGACCGAUGGAGACGUUCGUUUUGCCACCUGGUAUGUACUUGAGGCCGGAGGAUGCCGGAAAUCUCUACACGACCUUGUCGGCCAAUCCCAAUGUGUUCUUCCAGAGGGCAGCUCAUCCCGGAAUGAUGUACUGAUUAGCCAGAAUCUUUUAUUAUUGAUGACAAUAAGUCUCGCUGUUUGUAGAUGUUGCGAUGUGACAAACGAUCAUGUUUUCUCAUUGCUCUGUAAAUAAUUCAUUACAAUAUGUCAUUAUAUAAUUUGAGCGUCUCAAGAGAGAAAGAAAAGAAAUCUCGAAGCAAUAAAUCUUUUGUAAAAGUUUUUGUAACACUGAUGAUUCGCGAGAAUGAGCGUAUAUUGUACAUAUAUGCUAUUCAUCACGAACAAUGAGUGAGUCUAAUAAUAUUGUAAAUCAUUGAAUUGGAAGUGCAUGCGUUGCUUCCAAACUAAUGUAAUAAACGUAUGAUACAUUUUUUAUA